ACCGAAUUGACAUGACCGCAUGCCUCAAGAUCGAUCAUCAUCAUCAUCAUCAUCAUCGCCGUCGUCAUGAUGAACAACAGAGGCAACACCACCACCUCCAUAGCCGUCAACGGCUCGAUGUCGCCGUCUUCGGCCGCAAAUUCUCAGUCGCAAGGGCUUAAAACCUACUUCAAAACCCCCGAAGGCCGUUUCAAACUCCAUUCCGACAAGUCUCAUCCCCCCGGCCUCCUCCCCUACGCCCUCGGCAAAUCCGUCACUCAGAUAACCCUAGUGCAGCUCAAGGAAAGGACCACGCAGGAGGUUGGAGUGCCGAGCUCAAGCUACAGUGCCAGCAGCGGAGUGAGGUAUGUGGCAGCGAAGUUUUUGGGCAGUGGCAAUGGUAGCCGAGGGCUUAAUGGGACGAGUAAAGCCAAUGGUGGGGCUAGUAGGAACGGAUCGAUGGGUGGGUUGAACGGGUCUAAUUCUAUGCUUAAUUCGAAUUUUGAUGGCAAAGGGACGUAUUUGUUAUUUAAUGUGGGCGAUACGUUGUAUGUUGGCGACCUUAAUUCACAGGAUAAGGAUCCAAUAAAAGCGAUACACUUCAGUAAUUCGAACCCUGUUUGUCAUGCCUUUGAUUCUGAAGCCAAGGACGGGCAUGACUUGCUGAUUGGACUGAACUCUGGGGAUGUCUACUCAAUAUCUUUGAGACAGCAAUUACAAGAUGCUGGGAAAAAACUUGUAGGUGCCCAACAUUAUAACAAAGAGGCCUCUACCAAUAACAGUCGAUGUACUAGUGUUGCAUGGAUACCCGGGCGUGAUGGUGCUUUUGUUGUUGCUCAUGCUGAUGGAAACUUGUACGUAUAUGAAAAGAGCAAGGAUGGUACUGGUGAUGCUUCCUUCCCAAUCAUCAAGGAUCAGACUCAAUUUUCUGUUGCACAUGCAAAGUCUAGUAAGAGUAAUCCUAUCAUGAGAUGGCAUAUUUGCCAAGGUUCUAUUCAUAGCAUUGCUUUCUCAACCGAUGGGAAAUAUUUGGCGACUGUUGGUAGAGAUGGUUAUUUACGAGUUUUUGACUUCUCAAAUGAACAACUGAUUUGUGGUGGCAAAAGUUAUUAUGGCGCUCCUCUAUGUUGUGCCUGGAGUGGUGAUGGAAAAUACAUCUUGACUGGCGGUGAAGAUGAUCUAGUUCAGGUUUGGAGUAUGGAAGAUAGAAAGGUAGUAGCAUGGGGCGAGGGGCACAACUCAUGGGUCAGUGGAGUCGCUUUCGACUCAUAUUGGUCUCCGCCAAAUUCAGAGGACACAGGAGAAAAUGUCAUGUAUCGCUUUGGUUCUGUCGGUCAGGACACACAAUUGCUUCUCUGGGACCUGUCUAUGGACGAGAUUGUAGUGCCACUUCGCCGGUGCCCACCUGGUGGGUCCCCUACAUUCAGCAGCGGAAGCCCAUCAUCUCACUGGGACAGCAUAGUCCCAGCGGGCACUCUCCAACCCGCUCCAAGCAUGAGAGACGUUCCAAAGCUCUCCCCACUAGUCGCCCACCGCGUCCACUCUGAACCUCAAUCUGGCUUAAUUUUUACCCAGGAAUCUGUACUCACUGCUUGUCGAGAAGGGCAUGUGAAAAUUUGGAUGAGACCCGGGGAUCAACAAUCAAGCAACUCAAAAGCCACUUCAAGUUCUAGUUCAAAGGGAAAGACAACAUCGUCAAGCAAAAUCGGCAGCUCUAGCUACAAAUAAUUAUUAGAAAGGUGUAGCCGAAAGCGGUUUUAUAGAAUUUGAGUAUAUAACUAUUUAUGCCCCUUUUUUUUAACAUAAUUGAGGUCAUACCGAGUCGAAUUUCUCUCAUGUGCAGUGAGAUUAGUCAAACGGUCCUGUUGUAUAAGAGUAGCAUUCAAUUUAACCACAGGAAGAAAAGAGAUGAAAAUGAAUGUGCGGUACAAUAUCUAAGAGAGAGAGAAAGAGAAUAUUAUAUUAUGUAUGCAUUUAAUAUUAUGUAU